AAUCUCUCAUUAAGGCAGAGCUUUCUUAAAGUCGUUUAGUCGCUUAAAUUAUAGUUGCAGUGACUUUGAAGGCAAGUAGCCAUAUCCUGGUAAUCUUAACAAAGUUUUAUAUUCUACUGGUUCAAAAAUGUGAGCGACGAUCUUUGAACGCUAUUGAUUGUUUUGAAAUGGCGGCAUCGAAAUUUGUCUCGUACGACACAGGUUACGAUGAUGAACGCUUUGAACAGAUUGUCAGCCAGACCUUGCACUGUAUCAUUUGCACCAAUGUCAUCAAAGACCCGGUCAUGUGUCGCCAUAAUGAACAUGUAUUUUGUCGUGGUUGUAUCACCAGACAUCUCAUGUACUCUCAGACAUGCCCGACAUGUAUGGAACCACUCACUGUCGAUACUUUGAAAGUGAAUCGUACCGUAGCGAAUUUGCUUUCUGAACUUAAGAUCCGUUGUGAAUUCUUCAACCGUGGUUGUGAAAGAUUUAUUGAGUUGGAAGGUCUUGAAAAGCAUGUUGCAGAGUGUGGGUUUGCUCCAGCAUUCUGCUCGAAUGAAGGUUGUGGACGGGAAGUCGACAAACAAGAUUUACUUCGUCAUGAAACAGCUGUGUGUGAACAACGCAGAGUUAAAUGUCAUAGUUGUAAUGACAUAAAACGAGAGAUGGAUGUCUUCAAAGUUAACUUGGCAUCGAUUAAUGUAAAGUUGGAAAGAAAUGAAGCGAAGGUCGCCGCUAUUGAGGAAAAUGUUUCAAAAGUUGAAAAGUUGGUUCAAGAACAACUAGAGAAGCAGGAAGAAAGCAAUCGUCGGCUGGAAGCGGACAAUGUUGAAGUGAAGAAAUGUUUGAAUGAGAUCACGAAGCAACUGAAGAAAGGAAUUCCAAAAGCUGAUGGAAAGGACAGGGAACCGAAAAUCAUUGUUGCUGGAGGCGACGAAUCGACGUCAACAUCGGUAGAAAUGUUCAGCCUGGCGAGCGGGACCUGGACACGACUACAGCCAAUGAUAGAAUGUCUCCCUGGAGCAACCUUGUUCGUUCACAACAAUCAUUUAUUUGUUUUGGGAUCUUCAUAUAAGACGCCGAUGGUAAAGUUAUCACUGGACGAUGCUCAAGUUGACCAGUCCAGAGCAGAGUGGGAAGAUGUUCCUGUUGAGUUACCUGGGGCUGGGUCACCUGUGGGACACUGCACUGUUCUUUAUCAAGGACGGUUGAUAUUGAUUGCUGGUCAUGAUCGUAGAAAGCUUUUACUUUCGAAAUCAACUGCACCUUCCAAUAAAAUUAUUGAGAUCUCCCUUGUCCCACCUUACACCUGUAAACUGUUGUCAAUCUUGCCAGAGGGAAGAUGGUUUCAUGGCGUCGCAAUAUUUGAUGACAAGAUUUUGAUAGUUGGAGGAAGAAGACGCUUUUCCUAUGACUCAACCUUCAAAAGUGUUCUGAUGUUUGAUAUAAAUAAGAAGGAAUGUCAGGAGUUGGCUCCCCUCCCCUACCCUGUGAGUAACAUGACCACAGUCAAGUGGGGUGAAGAUAACGUCAUCAUAAUGGGUGGUGGUGACAGUGAAGGCAAAGCAUUAAGCACAGUUUUAAUUUACAACAUCAAGACCCAGAAGAGUCACAUGCUUCCUGACAUGAAGUACAUGAGGCGAGGAUGUGUGGCUGCAGUUGUCAGAGACACCGUGAUCGUGAUGGGAGGCCAGGAUGAAAGAGGAAAUGCCUUGAAGUCUGUGGAAAGUUUUAGAUUUGACAGAUACAGCUGGGAAGAACUUCCAGAAAUGCACGAGGCAAGAUGCUGGACUACUGCAGCUGUUUGGUAACAAACUGCGUAUUAAUAAACUGGAGCUGCCUAGUAAUUUAUCCAAUAAAUAACAUGUCGAUAAUAAAUAAAAUUGAUUCUUGUAAUAGUAGCAAGAUAAAGUCAUGUCAGUUUUGUCUAUAAUAUUCU